AUGGCCAACGACAAGAAAUACGACGAGUUCGAGACGGGGCUUUUAGAGAUAUAUGAGCACAUUAGAAGCAAAGCGCCUAGUGAGGGGAAUCCGGGCUGCUGGGAUCUCGACCACUACAAGGCCAACGUCCACCUCGAAUCCGCAACCAAGGGCCCCCCCGGCAGAGCCGUAUAUCGCCUCACCGUGACACCGGAAAUGCAAAAUACUCUGGGCAGUCUGCACGGCGGGUGCGCUGCUACCAUCAUUGAUAACCUGACGUCUACCAUUCUCAUGGCCGUGUCGCGGCCGGGCAUGUUCCAGUACGGUGGCGUCAGUCGGAACUUGAAUGUCACGUAUCUGCGACCACUGCCUUUGAAUACAGAGCUGCGGCUUAUUUGUGAGGUGGUGCAGAUGGGGCGGAGAUUGGCAUUGAUCAAGGCGGAAAUGCGACGGGUUGAUGAUGACUCGCUUUGCGUCGUGGGCGAUCAUCAGAAAGCGAAUAUGGACCCGGAGGCGAACCAGAAACUAUAA